CUGUUCCAGUCCCGCCCAAGCGUGUUCAUACCUCAGACUAAGGCGGUUAACGCGGACAACUGCAGCAGCGCACUCUGACUAGAAGUCAAAGCCUUCAUGCUACCAGCCAUGGAUCCGAAAAUGCUACCGCAAGUGGUCACUUCUUCGCCAACUCCUGUGAAUACGGCGCCGAAGCCCAACUCGCGCAAGUACAUGAUAGUGGCAGUGGCCGUGUUGCUUGUUGUUGUUUGCACCAUUGCUGGGGUCCUGCUAGCGGUCCACAUUGUCCAGAAGGCUCACGAGGAAACAAUGAAGGAAUAUUUCGUUCACUUUCACAACGCCGAGGGUAAAGAAAUUGGGGAAAAAAUCCAGGUAGAUGCAAGCAAAAACAUAGUCAUCUACGGGAGUCCAUCUGACCCGUUACAGACGGCGCACGAUGUAGCACACGGUCUGAUUGCUUACAAAACCCUAGGUAGUCAGCCGUUGUGCCUGAUACGACCCACAACCACCCCAGAAGUCGAUGCUCAGGAAGUUCAACGCAUUCUGGCCAAGAAUCACGGUAUGGAUGAUUUCCCAAAGCGCUCCAUAGCCACCAAUUUAACACUUUCUCCUCAACCAAUCAGAGAGACAUCUUUUCUCAGUGCGGAACUGCAAAGCUUCUGUAAGGAUGUCGCCGUUCAUUGGGUCAUGCACGCAGAUGAAAAAGAGGCAGUACCGGAAAAACCUAAUGCAGGAAACAGGCGCGAGAAAAGACAAAGUGGAUUAAUAGCUAACCCCCAAUUUUCCCCAUUCGUAUAUUUUGGGAACCGGAUCUACAUCUGUUGUACGACCCUAACUCAAUCAGUAUUUGGACGUGAAUCCUCCGUCUCCAGGCCAGUCGCUAUUAUCGGUAACUGUAGAUUCUGCGAGGACCCUUUUCCAUUGCUAGGAUAGAAAAAUGCGUUACAGUUGC